CGUGACCUGAAGAGUGUGACGUUGCUGGAAAAGAUGGCGGCCCCCAUUGAUGCAAUGCCGCAUCAGUAGCGCAACUAUUUGUUACCUUUGUAAAAUAUUCUGAAAAACAACAACCGGCGGCUUUUAGCGGUCUUGGCAGGAAUGAAGGCCUUCUGUGGAAGAAGCAUGCCGAGCACCGGAGCUUCAGACCCGGUGGAGGAAAGCGAGGAGUACGACUACCACCAGGAGAUAGCCAGAUCCUGUUAUGCAGAUAUGCUACAUGACCAUGACAGGAAUAAGAAGUACUACGAGGGCAUCCGGGCUGCCGUAGCCAGAGUAAAGGCCCGCGGGGAGAGAGUCGUAGUCCUGGACAUUGGGACGGGAACAGGACUGCUGUCCAUGAUGGCCGUCACUGCUGGAGCUGACUUCUGCUACGCUGUGGAGGUUUUUAAGCCCAUGGCUGAGGCAGCGCGGUGCAUCGUGGAGAAGAACGGCUUCUCAGAAAAGAUCAAGAUCAUCAACAAACACUCCACCGAUGUCACUGUGGGCCCAGAUGGAGAUAUGCAAAUGAAGGCCAACGUUGUGAUCACGGAGCUGUUUGAUACGGAGCUGAUAGGAGAGGGAGCGCUGCCCAGCUAUGAACAUGCUCACCGAAACCUCCUCCAGGAGCCUUGUGAGGCGGUCCCUCACCGGGCCACCAUCUACGCCCAGCUGGUGGAGUCGGAGCUGCUGUGGAGCUGGGCUCAGCUGCAACCGAUGGAGGUGGGGGGAGGGCGCCUGGUCCCCCCACCCGCCAUGGGCCGCUGCGCCGGGGCCCAUUCAGUGUGUGACAUCCAGCUGAGCCAGGUGUCCCCUCACAGCAUGGCCCUGCUCGGUCCCCUCUGCACCAUGUUCAGUGUGGACUUCAGUAAGCCUGUGAGCAGUGCGGUCCAGUCACACACCUCCCGGUUCGUUGCUCGCUGCGGCGGGCGGGCCCAGGCGGUGAUAUCUUGGUGGGACCUUGACAUGGAUCCCAGUGGGAGCGUGGUGUGCAGCAUGGCUCCCAGCUGGACUUACCCAGAGACCCAGGUGGCUCCGUGGCGGGACCACUGGAUGCAGAGUGUCUACUUCCUGCCCGCAGAGAGCCCAGUGACUGAAGGGGAGGAGCUGAGUCUGACCGUGCGCCAUGACGACUACAGCCUGUGGUACGGCCUGCAGGGCUCCAGCCAGCAGGCCUCACACACUGAUGCCCCUCUGCCUCGGCCCUGCUGCACCUGCCAGGCCCACCUGGUUUGGACCAGGCCGCGUUUUGGCGAACUCAACGACAGUCGGCGCACGGAGAGCUACGUCAGCGCGCUGCGCAGCGUCCUGAGGGAGGACAGCGUCUGCCUGGGCGUCAGCGAUGGAAGUCUGCUUCCUGUGUUCGCCCACAUGAUGGGAGCCAAGAAGGUCUACGCUCUGGAGAACUCAAAGAUGGCGAAAGAGGUCAUCGAGCAGGUGUUGGAAGCCAACUCGAUGGAAGGAGGUGUCGAUAUGCUGGAGGUCCGGGCGGAGCAGCUGAGCAGUGGUGACCUCGGGGGGGAGCAGAUCUCCGUCCUGAUGGGUGAACCCUACUUCAGCACCAGCCUCCUGCCGUGGCACUCCCUCUUCUUCUGGUACUGUCGGACCGCCCUGGCGGGCCUUCUGCGGCCCGACGCCACCAUCCUGCCCCGCGCCGCCACUCUCAAUAUGGUGGCUGUGGAGUUCCAGGAUUUGUGGAGGAUAAGAGCUCCGUGUGGGACGUGCGAGGGCUUCAACGUCUCCCCUAUGGAUGAGAUGGUCCAGAGAUCCCUGGAUUUCCGCGAGUCCCGUGAGGCGGAGCCUCACCCUCUGUGGGAGUACCCGUGUCGCGCUCUGACCAGGGCCGCUGAAGUCAUGACUUUUGACUUCACGCAACUGAUUCCCCAACAGCCAAUCAGCAGCCAGGGCUCGCUGCCCUUCAUAAGGAAAGGUCGUUGCCAUGGAAUCGCCUUGUGGAUGGAAUACCACCUCACCGCUGACAUCAGUGUCAGUGCAGGUCUGAUUGGACCCGUCAGUGAGCAGGGAAAGUGCCAGUGGAGCCGACACAGGAAACAGGGAGUGUAUUUCCUCCGGACGCCGUGGGAGAGCUCAGGGGACGGCAGAGCCGCGGCGACUUACAGCUUCACCUUUGAACCCGCACAGGGAGACAUUAAGAUGGACUUCAGAGGAGAGUCUCUGUGAUAGUGAAGGGACUGCUGGAUUUUUAUUUUUUAUUUUUAUACCUGGUGCACACAAAGCGUUUUUGUUCAAACUGAAGCUCUUCAUGACUCCCUGAAACUGAGAUGGUGGUGUUUGGACAUUAAAAAGUCCUAUUAAAGGGCUCCCCAAAAGCAGGUAGCAAUUGUACUACAAAUGAUUGCUGAUUUGAUGUAUCAUCUGCUGCUUAUUGGUCACAUUCACUUCAAUAAACGAGCUGCCU